CCACCGUUCAAAGAUCGCACGCACUGAUUUUUUUGUGGUGAGUGCUGCAGAGCCCCUUGUGCAACUUCUCUUCCUUGUUGCUUGCUGAACACAAUAGUUUGCCAGCAUGGACAAGGCGAUGCGUAAGCUUACCUGGCUGGGUGCCGGUGUUGCAGGUGUUGGAGCCUGUGUGCAGUCCUGUUUGUACAAUGUGGAUGGUGGACAUCGCGCAGUUAUUUACGAUUACAUGAGAGGAGUGUUGCCUGAUGUCAAGGGUGAAGGUACCCACUUUCGCAUUCCCAUCCUGCAGAGACCAAUCAUCAUGGAUGCUCGUACCCGUCCCAGAAAUGUCCAUGCCAGCACCCCUAGCAAGGAUCUUCAGACAGUGAACAUCACCCUUCGUGUGCUGUUCCGUCCCAUACCUGAGAGAUUGCCUCAGAUUUACACUCAAAUCGGAGUGAAUUACGACGAUGUUGUCCUGCCGUCUUACACGUUCGAGUUGCUGCGUGCCGUUGUUGCUCAGUUUGAUGCUAGCGAGCUUAUCACACAGAGAGAAAUUGUUUCGCAGCAGAUCAACGAGCUGCUGGCCAAGCGUGCAGAAGAGUCUCACCUCCUACUGGAUGAUGUGUCCCUAACACAUUUGACGUUCGGCAAGGAGUUCACACACGCUGUAGAGCUGAAGCAAGUUGCUCAGCAGGAAGCGGAGCGUGCCCGGUAUGUUGUCGAGAAGGCAGAACAGAUCAAGAAGGCCGCCAUUAUCUCGGCCGAGGGUGACUCCGAAGCUGCAGAAAUGUUGUCGACUGCAUUCCAGAAGGUCGGUGACUCUCUGAUUGAGCUGCGUAAGCUGGAAGCUGCCGAGGAGAUUGCCGACACCCUCGCAGCAUCACCUAAUAUCACCUACCUGCCAGGUGGCAAGAACAUGCUUCUGAACGUCGGUGCUCGUUAAC